GCUUACGAAGAUGGUUGAAGUUUCUUCUUCCUUGAAGUGAAGCCCAGGCUGAAACCUAAACAUCCUGCACACCGAGGGCUGGGAGUUGACCGCAGCGUUACCAAUUUUGUUUUACAGCAUCCCUUCGGACCGGGCCUUCAUCCCAGCCCUAUGUCAUGGCCGGUGGAGUCACCAAGUCGGGCACUUCCAAUGGUUACCCUAUGAAGGCACAGCUACAGAUCAUUGUGCUAUCAGCAAAACUAAAAGAGAACAAGAAAAACUGGUUUGGUCCCAGUCCUUAUGUGGAAGUGACAGUCGACGGCCAGUCCAAGAAAACUGAGAAAUGCAACAACACCCACAGCCCCAAAUGGAAGCAGCCACUCACUGUGAUUGUGAGUCCAUUCAGCAAACUGGUGUUUCGUGUGUGGAGCCACCAGACCCUGAAGUCAGACGUGUUGCUAGGCAUGGCCACGCUGGACGUCAGUGACACGCUCAAGUCUAACGACAUGAAAAUCUCUGAAGUGGUGCAGACCUUACAGCUGUGUGCAGACAGAGACCAGUCGGAUGUGGUGGGAGACCUGUCUGUCUGCCUGGACGGCAUGACCGUCGACCCCGAGAUGUUCGCCACGGCUGAGGCCGACCAUCACAGUAAAUCAAAUGGGGAAUCACAACCAAAUGGGGAUCAUGUCAUAAGGCGGAGUCGGGACAGCUCUCCGGCUGUGGACAGUGUGGAGCACAGGUCUUCUCCCAGUGGCCGGAGGUCAGCGAACAGCACAGGGUCUCCCUCGGUGUCAUCAGGGGGCUCGAGGCCUCUCCGCCCACCCAGGCCCUCCAGACCUCCUCCGCCAACUCCCCGCAGACCCACCUCUUCACCAGCAUCUUCCAGCAAUGGCUCUGCACCAGCUGAUGGUAGCGAUGGUCAGUCAGGUUCUGAUACACCGGUGCGAACGCCGGCCUCAGCACCCUCAUCAGCCCCAGACUCCAGUCCAUCGGCAGGCUCGGACAGGAACUCCACAUUGGCCUCCGGCUCUGGAGCUGCAGCAACCAGACAGCCAACCAGCAGCGUCGCGCCUGCUGUGACUCCCAGGGUCCCCGCUGUCAACGCUGGACCAUUGCCUCCUGGGUGGGAGCAGAGGGUGGAUCAGAACGGCAGAUUGUAUUUUGUCGAUCACGUGGAAAAGAGAACAACGUGGGAGCGCCCUGAACCGCUGCCCCCUGGCUGGGAGCGUCGUGUCGACCAGAUGGGGCGGGUCUACUUCGUCGAUCACAUCACGCGAACCACCACUUGGCAGCGCCCCACGAUGGAGACGGUGCGUAACUACGAGCAGUGGCAGCACCAGCGCAGCCAGCUGCAGGGUGCCAUGCAGCAGUUCAACCAGAGGUUCAUAUUCGGGCUACAAGACCAGGUCUCAGCCACUCAGAAUAAGGAGUUUGAUCCCCUCGGUCCUCUGCCGCACGGAUGGGAGAAAAGAACGGACUCGAAUGGCAGAGUUUAUUUUGUACAUCACCCUACGAGGACAACGCAGUGGGAGGACCCACGGACACAGGGGUUGCUGAAUGAGAAGCCACUUCCAGAGGGCUGGGAGAUGAGGUUCACUGUCGACGGUAUUCCCUACUUUGUAGACCACAACAGGAGAACGACCACCUACAUUGACCCUCGCACAGGAAAAUCCUCGCUUGAAAACGGACCUCAGAUCACCUAUGUACGAGACUUCAAGGCCAAAGUACAGUACUUCAGAUUCUGGUGCCAGCAACUGUCAAUGCCUCAACACAUCAAGAUCACUGUAUCCAGAAAAACCUUGUUUGAAGACUCCUUCCAGCAGAUAAUGAGCUUUAAUGCUCAAGAUCUGCGAAGGAGACUAUGGAUCAUCUUCCCUGGAGAAGAAGGCCUCGACUACGGAGGGGUGGCCAGGGAGUGGUUCUUCCUGCUGUCCCAUGAGGUCUUAAACCCCAUGUACUGCCUCUUUGAAUAUGCCGGUAAAGAUAACUACUGUCUCCAGAUCAACCCCGCCUCCUACAUCAACCCUGACCACCUCAAGUAUUUCAAGUUCAUAGGACGCUUCAUUGCCAUGGCUCUUUUUCAUGGAAAGUUCAUCGACACUGGUUUCUCACUGCCGUUUUACAAGCGCAUCCUGAACAAGCCUUUGGCCCUCAAAGACCUGGAGUCAAUAGACCCAGAGUUCUACAACUCCCUCAUAUGGAUCAAGGAUAACGACAUCGAGGAGUGUGGGCUGGAGAUGUUCUUCUCAGUUGACAAGGAGAUCCUCGGGGAAAUCUCCACCCAUGAGCUCAAACCAGGAGGAGGAGACAUCCAAGUCACAGAGGAGAACAAGGAGGAGUAUAUCAGGCUGGUAGCAGAGUGGAGGCUGUCCAGAGGAGUGGAGGAGCAGACGCAGGCUUUCUUUGAAGGCUUCAACGAGGUCCUCCCGCAGCAGUACCUGCAGUACUUUGAUGCUAAAGAGCUUGAGGUUAUGCUGUGUGGCAUGCAGGAGAUCGACCUCACAGACUGGCAAAGAAACACCAUCUACAGACACUACGCUCGAAGCAGCAAACAGAUCAUCUGGUUCUGGCAGUUUAUAAAGGAGAUGGACAAUGAGAAGAGGAUGAGGCUGCUGCAGUUUGUCACCGGUACCUGUCGCCUGCCUGUUGGAGGGUUUGCCGACCUUAUGGGAAGUAAUGGUCCUCAGAAGUUCUGUAUUGAGAAGGUGGGAAAAGAAAACUGGCUUCCCAGAAGUCACACGUGCUUCAACAGACUGGACUUACCCCCCUACAAGAGCUACGAGCAACUGAAGGAGAAGCUGAUGUUUGCCAUCGAGGAGACGGAAGGCUUUGGGCAGGAGUGAGAGAAACCAGGAGACGUCUAGAUAGUGGGUGCAGGAGUCUGAAGGAAUAAAGACUACCAGUAUUCAAAUCAGGGAAGCCUCUUCAGAAAAGGGCGAGUGUUUUGUGCGUUUGUGCUCAUGCAUGCGUGUGUGUGUCUGUGUGUAUGUGAGAGAGACUGUUGCCUGCAUGCUGUAGAAAGGAGCUGGUUUUUGCCUCUGCCGCGUACACCAUGCUCGCAGCAGGCCUCUCGAUGGUUGAUUGGUACAUAGAAAUUUUGUAUUCUUUUAAACCAAAAUACAGAAACUGCUCCUGUCUCUCAGAAUGUGCAGCAAAUUAUGCAUGGGAUCCUGAAAACUCACCUUCUAUGACAUCUGUUCAAUGGGACUGCUGUGGUGUUUCCUCCCCACGUGUGAUCAUGUCAGGCGACGGGGUGGCCCCGAGGUUACAGUCGAAUUCUCACCAACAGAGGGCUCACAGGUUCUGACUGUAGUGUCUUGUCAAGGUGUCUUUAACUACCUGAUGUCUUCUUAUUAAUUUUCUCUGCAUUCAAGCAUUAGGUAAAUGUCCAAGUAUGACAUUUAAAGGCAAGGUUGAGAGGGUCUGCUUUUUCUAAAACAGGGUUAAGUUUUGCCACAAAGCAAACUAUGUUGCUCUAAGAUCGGUGCAUUAGAAUGAGUUGCAUCCACUUUUGGCAUCAUCCACCUCAUCAUGUCCUCAAAUUUGUCCCACUUUCAUCUGCAUCUCUACUUAUGAAUAAAGUGGAUCUUUCUUCGAAGUGAACAGUAACGCACGGCAAUAUAAAAUGAUAGCUUUGACUUAGUGAAUUUAUAAAAAGGGGUUGCUCCAAAUCAAAGCUUAAAUAACAAUCUCGGUGCUUUACAGAUAUUUGGGAGAUAUGCCUAAUAUAAAUAACAACAGAGAUAUGGUUUUGUAUUCCUGGUUCUACAGUAUUUGAUCUGUGAAUCACUUAAUUAUUGUGAAAAGUGUUGUAACCUUCAUUAUUUAUUGUGAUGGGAAAUGUGGAAGACUUCAACAGAACUUAAACUGGCCUUAGUUUUAUAGGGCUGGAGUUUGUACACUGUGAUGUGGAAUUGGGUGUCUUGGAUGAGAGUAUUCUGGCGAAAGUUACACAUCUCAAUAUCACCUUCAAAGACAUUUACACCUUCCUGCUUUUAAUUCAUGGUCUUGUAAAAAAAAAACAAGGCCCUGAGGAUGAAGUAAUAUUUCAAGGUGGUGUUCAGUAUAUUCAGUACUCAAGAUGUACUUAAUGUGUUGGGGAAAAAAAAGUGAAAAACACCAAAUGCGAGUCAAACCAAUUCCAUUUGCGGCAGUUAAGUUUAAACCUCAAAUCACAUUUUGAAUGCGUAAGUUGCAAAACUAAAAGAAAUUGCACGUAGCUCCUCAUACACAUGUAGCAUUUGAAGGUGUUUAAGUCUUUUCUUGCCCCACAGCAAGCCACAAUUAAUAAGCAAAAUGAAUACAAGUUUUAUGAGUUUAGGAAUCUCAGUUAAAAAGACGCAGUGUGGUGUGAAAAACUUCACCUUUUACACUUAAAGUAACCAUUUACCUCUCAGUAUUUACACAUCAUAAUAGGCAAAAUUCCCAUCUUUUCAGUAUCACAGACAAAGAUAUCGCUUUAAAAUUCCUGAGAGUGAAAUAAUACUUGUAGCAAUGUUUUUUUUUUUAGGUGUUUUCAAAAUGUGAUUUUAGGUAAAGAUUCUCCCUCUGGUUUUGCUCUCGGAUCACAAGAACAGCUUGUUUUGUUUGUGCACAUAGAAACCUCCAGAUGCUUUGCCAUUGUGGAAUCUAACGUUGAGUGUGUAAAGAAUCGGCCUUUAGAUGAUAACCGCAAAACACUUGUUUGGUUUGGCUGAUGUUAACAACAUCUGAUCGACAAUAACAGAGUCAAAGAAGAUAAUCUCAUUUAUCUAUACGAAAUAAAAACAGCAGGUUGUGUGAGUGCUCAUUUUGGGGUGUCGUUUUGAAUGAAUGGAUUACACACUGAAAAGACAGGCACGAUUACUGAGGAACAUCUUCAGGUGUUGUUAGUCUGACAAAGCACAGCACUUUUUAAAAAAUCCCCCUCCACUUUCUUGCAGCUUGUGGAGCGUCCAGUCCUGGUUGUUAGCAACGCUAGGCUCUUUGUUCCCACAUGUGUGGUGAGGUGGUCUUUGCUGUUAGUCAUUAGCCUUCAGGUAGCCUUAUUUCAACCCUCACGCAUCAGGUAUCUUUUUAGCCACUUGAUGCCAGCAGAGAUGAUCAACUUUGUGGGCUCUACAGUCAAAUUAAUAUUCUGGACUGAGGCUCUCUUCAGUCCUACUUGACCCUGCUGCGGAAAAGAAACCAGACCAAGAGGGGUUCGAUAAGUUAUUUUGAAGAAAUUGCACCAGUGUGGAAAAGCUAUAACAUUUCAGCUGAUGACACGUGGCCUGUUUUGACGGCUAAUUGUGACCAUAGCUGAGAUAACAACUACUGAGACAAAGUCGGUGUUAUAUAAUGAAUGUAUCAUGAAGAAACGUUGAUUGAUACCCCUGAUGCAGAGUGUCGUUUUAAUCUUGUUCUGGGUCGAUCACAUUAAAAUCCCGGGGACAUGGCACUUAAGCAAACAUGUAAAUAUCAUAAUUCACCUUCUUUUUUUCUCCAGAAUUUUCCAUGUAUUACUAAACCACUGUCACUCUUCUGUAUAGGAAAACAAGUUGUAAAUGGUGUCAAUAACAAAUUUUCUUUUGUAAAAGAAAGGUUUUAAUAAGAGGUUUAUGGUAACACUAUAUUUUCUUUUCCCUGGUUAAUUUCUGAUGUACAUGAAAGAUGUGUAAUAUGGAAAUUGUCACCUUAAUAAAUCUAAAAUGUG